ACCCACCGGAUGGAGUUGGAUCUAGUAUGGGGGUUGCUGGUGUGCGGUCGUAGCAGCCGUGUAUACGCAAAUACGGUUAUUUCUCCCGGAUUCAAAUUUACGCUCCUUUCCCGAAGAUUCAUGAUUCGAACUUUGAAUUAUAUAUUAAAAAAUUCAACCUAGCGAGGGCAACUGUUAUUCCCUUGAGUUUCCUGCCAGAGCGUUUGCUCUUAUCUGGCAGGACCCGUUGCCUAGGAAACGCGUCUCGCGGGAGGAAGCGACUGCAGCCGGUUUCUCCAGCUGUGUCCUCCUACCUUGACAGCCAUGAGCUCCCGUGGCGACCGCCCCGUACCUCUGCCUCGGACAGCUGCCAAGGGUGGAAGGCCCUUACUCAAGCACCCUGCAGGAGGCUACCUGUCUCAGGGUUCAGCAUGUCAAGAUAACUUGUUGUGUGGAGGGAAUGACCAGGACAAUGAACUUCACACUCCUUUUAUGAACAGGAAUGACCAAAAGAAGCUUCAGGAGGAAAAUAUAAAAUUAAAGCAUGAAUUAGAAGAUUUAAGAAGCCAAUAUGGUCAUCUGCUGGAAGAAGGGAAGAAUGAAUGUUUUGAUGAAAGACGUGUCAAUCUUCUGAAAGCUCAAGUCCUUCAACUGGAAAGGCAGGUGGUGCUGCUUACAGAAGGAUUAAGUUCUCAAGCUGCUCUUAUGUUGGAGUUAAACACUUCCUUAGAAGCUCUUAUUGACAAGCUUAGUGUUGAAGGAACGGUUUCUGAAGUAACAAUUUCACGUCUAGAGCUUCUACAAAUAAUUGAAAUAUGCCAGACAAUGAGACUAAAACUGCAAAGAAACCAGCAAACUGCUGAUUUAUCAAAACUUGCGUUGCCUUGGACUUUAGGAAGAAACCUUGUUAUACAACCAGUGACACUUCUGGAUCUUUGCUAUGGCAAAAUGGAAAAUUUAAACCUUAGAUAUGUGAGUGCUCUUGAAGGAAAGCUUAGUAAGCUGCGAAGACACCUGCUUGCCAUGAGGCAAAAUCUGAGUUUCUUGCUUGCCCCAGGACAGGUGUCCUCAGAGACAGCUCGUCAUAUCUUACCAACUGCUGUUUAUGCUCGACUGAUAAAUCAUGCAGCUCAGUGUCAUCAGUCUGUUGAGGAAUGUUGCAGUGAUUUGCUCACGUUGACGCUUCUGGUACCUUCGGCACCUUGGGAAAUUCUGGAGAACUCUUUGAGCCAGGAGUUAAGUGUGGAGAAUGUACUUGCAGCACUUCCAGCCUUCCCCAAGGGUGCCCCUCAGCAACGUGCUAAAAGAGCAGCAGAAGCCCUGGUAAAGGCUCAAAAUUAUUCCAGGCAAAUGGCAAUGCAACAGAUACUUGCUUUGCAAGCUGAACUUAAUUUCCAUAGAAAUGUAUAUAACCUUCAAGUUAAGUACACAGAAGCUGUCUUUGAUGGGAUAAAGCAAGCAUACCACAAGUUUCAAGACAAUGUCGUGAUGGUUUUGUGUUCUCCACUACAGGAUGUUUUUUCUUCUUACAUAAAACUAAAAACAGAAGCUUCAGAGGCUGCUUUGAGAGAUUUUCUCUCGGCAUUUAGAAACAAUGCUGAACAGAUCCAAUAUGCAGUUGAAACUUUGAGUCCACCAAUGAAUCAGCAGCAAGAAGGUGAUGAGGCCCUGUCAAGCUUUGGAAGAGAAUUCUUUCUGUCUUUGGAACGGUCACUCAAAGACUGUGGAGAACAACGGGAUAAAGCUGCCAGUGCAAUAGAAUUCUUACAAACCGAAGUGGAUCAGGCCUUAGAAACCCUUCAGAAUUUAAGGGAACCAAAGGUGAAGAGGUCUAGUCAGCAUAUUCCAAAGCAUGAAGAGGGUAGGACACAAAAAACAGAAGCAAGUGCCUUGGAUAUACUUCCCCCCAAAAAAUCUGAACCUGAUUCAGCAGCCAGAUUUUCUCUGCAAAGAGAGAAACUCUUGUCAAAACCUACUUCCAUUAUAGAUAAAGAAACCCUCAAUCCAUCGUCUAAGCAGAAACUGGAAAGUUAUGAUGGUGUAACUGUUCAGCGGAAGGGGAAAUUCCUUCAUAGGAGUAAGAGUAUGAAGGCUACUGAAAGGCCACCUUGGCAAGAUUAGGCUUAGUGCUUUAAUGUUUUAUGUAAGGAUAGCCUUAGCCUUGUUAGCUUUUUACUACAGUACUUUACCAGAGCAAUCCAGUGAAGCUUUGAGCAGCUGGCACAUCAGUGAGAGAUAAAUGUAUGGCCUUUUGGGAAUCUAUUUUGCACAUGAAGUGGCUUCUCAGAGCCACUUCAAAAUAUGUCACAUUUCAUUUCAUAAACUGGUUUCUGUUUAGGAACUAAAACGUUUGUUAUAUUGAACCAACUCCCACAUUGCCUUGAAAAGACAUGGGAGAAUGCUUAAGCAUUGUGCCCUUUUUUGAAGAAAGAGAGAAGCAUAAUGUCACAGUUGUCAUAUUUGUAUUAAUCUCAAACAGAAUAUGCACAAACACCACGGACCCUUCUUAAGUCUUGCCUUAUGUAAGGCUACUCUCCAUGUUUAUUAUAAAUCCCAAAAUUAGUUUUGCAUAUCUUCAGGUAUUUGCAUCAGCGCCUUUUAAAAGUGACAUAAGAAGCAACCAAUGAAGUACUCUGAUAAUUAGGUCAGGCCUUUUUGUAAGAGAGUGCAGACCACAUAGUGGUCUAGAAGGGAGUUUAAGGUAUACCCGCCUUCCUUUCUAUAGUCCAGAUUCAUAGAAAUGUCAGUGUGUGCUGGUUCUCCAUCCCAUACACCAAAUGGAAGAUGGCAUUUUGGAACCCAGACAGGCUGUAUAAUCCAGCCAUUUGGCUUUCAGGUAUCAACAAAAGGAGUGUCAUGAGGAGAACAUGUACUUACCAUAUUUUAAAAUGUUUGUCAUUUAAUUCUGAAUCGAGAGCACAGGAGUCACUCAUGUGGAUGUCCCCAAAAACAGAUACCGCAGUUACGCAAACACUGUACCAUUACUGUCCUCCAAAAUGUGUGCUCCUUUCCUAGCUGGAUGUUUUUGCUUGAAACCAAUUCAUGCUGUAUGUUUGGCAUUUGUAGCAUUGCCCAAAUAAUGGUUCUCCUUAAAUGAGCUCAGCUAUCUGAAAAAUACAUAAUUAUUUCUAUCCCUUCUAAAAGCCAUACUUGGCAUCUCUUACGCAUAAGACCAAUAAAACACUGAACUGUUCAGAAUGACAAAGAGCAAAGUUUAAAAUGUUGUAAGUGCUUUUGGAGAACCCUUGUUUUUUCUUGAGAAUAAAAACCAACUGUCUAAAAGAUGAA